GCCGCCUUGUCACAGUACAUCACGUACAAGUCACCUGUGUAUGUGAUCACGGACGCACUGCCCAACGACGCCGCACAAGUGGACAAUGUCUAUCUUCUGUUGAGCGAUUGGAGAUCUCCGGUGUAUUUCCUCUAUGUGGAGACAGGAUGUAAGAACACCGAUGAUCCCGCUUACCGUCUUGUGGACACCGUAGCGCAGCGUUCAGCAGGCCAGACCUUCUACUUCACAAAUAAUAAAACUAUCGACACUUUCUUGACACUGCAUAUGCGUAACAUCUUGUAUCGAAGCCAAAUGCUGCUGUCCAACGAUUUGCCGUCCUGUACCGAGCAAUUCGCUUACAAGUCCGUUUCGGUCGAUUCUUCCGUUCAAAUGCUCGUCAUUGCGGCAACUGGACGUGACAUCUCGCUUGUGCUGAAGAGUCCAGGAGGGGAUGUGGCAAAUGCUACUGUGCAAUACAGCGACGGCUUGAAUCAUGUCUGGCUUUACAACGGACCACAAAGUGGUAAUUGGAUGUUCACGUUCCGCUCGGCUGUUUCCACACAAUCGUGCAGCUACAAGAUCUAUCAAGCUCUGCAUGCCAAACCUGGACGCAACACCCAAAUGGAUCUGUUCUGGUCAACUUCGAUUGGUAUCCACAGCGAUGUUGGCAUUCCACAACCCUUAUACGCCUUCCAACUCCCGAUCGUGAUGCAUCUUACAAACUACCCAUCCUCUGUUCCACCAGAUCGAACGGAGGCGUUUCUGACUAUAACCGCAAUUCGCCAAGGAAGACCGAAACAGAUUUACGCUUCAAACGGAAUUUGGCGUGAUGUUUGCGCUUACAACUUCUUUUUCCGACCGUUCAAAUGCACGGUACCGGGCGAAAUUCUUCAUUUC